AUGAAUCGCUUCGUGAAUGUCCUGAGCAAGCCCGGGGCCAAGGCCGAGAUCCAAGGCGUGGCUCCCACUCAGUUCACUGAGAAAGACGGCCUGGCAAUAGAAAAGCCUAACACCACUGGCUACGCACCGAAAAGCAAACCCAGAAUGCUAGAUCGGUCGCUGGAUUUCAUCGUUCGGAUGUCUGGCUCGGAGCCAGUCUUCUUCUUCAUCCUCGCGGCCCUUCUCGCCUGGGCCUUGCUGGGGAUAAAGUACGGGACCACAAACCUCUGGCAAGUCCUGAUCUCGGACGUCCAGGCAAUCGUCAGCUACGUCUUUGACUCCUUCCUUGUCAGACAGCAGCUCAAUGCAUAUGAUGAAGAAAUGACCGUGGCCGCCGAGUUGCAGUCCCGCAUCCUCAGUCACCGCAGGAUGCUGGCCAAGUUGGACCUGGAAACAGACAAGAAAGAUCCCGAGAAGCAGGCCCGAUUGACGAGGAUUGUAGCUCAGUACCAGAACGCUCCCGAAUUCAGCGCAGAGCUCCCCGCUGAAACCCAGUUCGGACGGACCAUCACUUGGUUCUCUCAUGUAUUUGGUCAUAUCGGCACAGUCACCGUAUACUGGAUCGGCGUCUUCGUUUGGAUUGGGCUCGGACAUCUGGACGGAUACAGCGACAAGUGGCAGCUGUACAUGAACUCGGCGUCCUCGGCAUUGAUGGUGUUUGUCUUUGCAUUCCUGGCUAACAUCCGCGAGCGACACUCUGCCUACACCCUUAGUUGUCUGAACGCAAUCUUCAAGGUCGACUCAACGCUCGAAUUUCGCCUCCGGCUCCUCACCGGCGAUAACAUUGACAACGAUGUGGUCAUUAUCCCAGCGCCCAGGGUUAGCAUCGUUCAACGUGUGAUCUUCUACUACACGGAUCUCGUCGGGACUCUGGUGGGCAUUACCAUCCUGCUCGUCAUGAUGAUCGUGUGGGUGGCGAUCGGACCUCUCCUGCACUUCAACUCAAACUGGUGGCUCAUCAUUGGCACUUACGCUGGUCUCAUCGGUAUGAAUGACGGUUUUGUUCUCCGAAAUCUGCAAGCUCGCCUUCGAGGUUAUGCCGAUCUGGAGUUCGAAAAGGUCGAAGCCGAAGACGACAAACUCUUUGAGAGUAUCGGCCAACCCAUACCGGUCAAAGAGGUCACUGAGAACAGAAAUCUCACACAACGCGUAUCCGAUGCAAUGAAUCGGGUUUGUGCGCAUGAGAUCACCGUCGUGGCCGGCUUCCUUACCAUUCUGGGCCUUGUUGCUGGAGCAAGCGCAAUGAAAUGGACGCUGACGGGCCAAUUGCUGUGCAACGUUCCACCGAGUUUGAUCGAGUCAUUCUUCAUGAUCAUUUUGAUCACAGGUCACAACUCGGCUGACGAUCGUAACCGACUGGACCUGCAGAAUCUCUAUGAGAGGCGUCUGAGUUUUCUGGCUUUCGUCAACGGUGUACAGACGCUUCGAGACGAGUCGAAUGACUCACAGAAGCACUAA